AUUCGUAUUCGCGCAGAGAUCAAGAAGGUCGACGCCGUGGAGGAAAUGGUCGCAACCGGCGGGAAACACCGGAAGUUGGUCGCGCUGUUUGAGCACCUCAAGAAGUUCGAGAGCGUCUGUAAGCGGCUUCAGCGCGAGGACAUCGAUAUGGGAGAGGUACGCCUGAUGUUCGACUCCCUCAUCGCGGAGUACCCUGUCAUGUCAAAGCAUCUGAAGUCGACCGCCAAGAUCGCCCAUACGCCUGCAUUCGAAUCGGGUGUUGUCAAGGUCAUCUCUGGCACGGCUCUAUCGUCCGCGGAGACAGCAGCUUUGAAGCGGUUCAAGCAGGCACAACCCACAGGAAAGAAGCGCAAGGAGCGGGAAGAAGACUACGCGAUGAUGUUGCUCCAAGUCAAGGGAAAGAAGAGGAAACAAGCGCCAAGUACCACACGUUACAUGCCGCUCGUGAAAAUGGUUCCUCCGACGUCAAACACGGUCGAGCGGCUUUUCUCUCAGUGCAAGCUGGUAUUGUGA